AUGUACGUUCUAGAAUGUAGGACCUAUGGUCUCGGAUUUACGAUGUACGUUCUAGGAUUUAGCAUCUACGAUCUAGGAUCUAGGAUGUAUGGUCUCGAAGUUGAUGAUUUUAGGAAAAAAUUAAUGAAGGAUGUUGACCGAAUCUUCAGGGACGUAACACAGUCCAUCAACCAACAUAGCGGCAGCAAUGCUGGUAUAUGUGGAAGUAUAUAUACCGGACAGGGCCAGCACAUGUGCAAGAGCAGGUGUAUGGAAAUUGCAAACCUUAUGUUAUAUAUACGAGGAUAUGAUUACAAAGGGCAGACCGAAGGAUGGCAGAAGAGGAACGUGAACAAACACUCACCGCAGCUAUUUAGGGAAUAUUUAAAGUGUACACUGGCGACUGCGGUUUUACUACAGGUGUAUGGGCAAACUAGUGACCAUAAAGACAUAAUAACGAAGGUUCAGCAAGAAAUGCGGAAAACGAAUAAUACAGGCAACAUGCAAUAUGAGCCAGGGGUUUGUGAGAGUAGGGAUUAUGGGGACGUAAUAUUCGGAUUACGUGGUAUUGGACCAAGCAUAAACACUAAGCUGCAGCACUGGAAGAGCGGUUUGGCAGGAGGCCAGGCAGGACGUGCACGCGUCACAACGCACACGUGCGCUUGGGCAGACCACGACGGGGAGGACAGUGAACAGAAGUGCAAUGUACAGGACGGGGCGCCACCACAGACCUCUGAGCUCAUGACAAAAAUAAAGGCGUGGACGGAUACUCCUACCUUUGGGCGAGUGAAGAAGGUCUUAGACAACAUGCAGAAAGAAGAAGCGUCCAAGGGCAAAUGUGAACUGCACAAGAAGAUAAAGGCACAGGUCCAGGCAGUGAAGAACACAGCGGAAAAGCGGGAUGAAGCCACUCUGAGAAAAGAGGCACCGAAAAAAACAGUGACCACCCCCGCAGUCCAAGACUCCGGUGCGAAGUUCAACGUAGCCGCACCAGCGCCAAGACCACCGACAGGCAGCAACGGACCCGCCAAACCCGCCCCGGCCACACCACCCGGGAAAGACGGAAAGCAGUAG